AUGACAGAGUGGUUUGGUUCUGAGCCCGCUCGUGGGUCAUUUAAGAUGCUACAGAGCAAAACUCCCAAAGGCACCGCGAUGUAUGCUCUCUGCUGGGCUGACCGCAAAGCGAAGUGCCUCAUCUCAAACCGCGGAACGGCGCUUCCUGGCAACGAUAGCUAUGACCGACGUAUCCAGCGCCCGCAAAUGGUGGAGCUCUUUUUCUCGAAGUUCUCGGGGAUAUAUGUUCAUGAUCAUCUUCGACAGGGUAGCCUCGAGAUCGAACGAACUUGGCACGCAAUGCAGUGGCAACAUCGUUUGCUCGCUACGGUGUUUGGCAUUGGUGUACGAGAACUGGGGAGAUCUGAUCUUCGCUAUUUGUCACACAGCGAGUGGUGA